AUGGGAAAGAACACCUGCUAUCGGCAACGAUGGAGAAAAGAAGUCGUCUACGACGAUUGCGUACUCGAGGACUCCUUGUCCCAAGGUGAGUGGCAUAUUGAGGAGGACCGAAACGUAGACUACGAGAUGCUGCUCAGAGGAUUACGAGCCUGCGCUGAACGUGCCUCGAAGCCGCGCACGACAAACUUGGAUCGAAUUUCAAAGACCACCAAGGAAUUGUUGGAAAGAAGAAGGGCGUUGAGGUUUGAUCCGAAUGCAUCGCACAUUGAGCGACAGAAGAAGAUUCUAGGAGCAGCACAAAGAAGAACGAGUCUAAAGAAGUGCCGCAGGGAUCUCCGCGAAUAUAAUAUUCCGCUAGCAACCUUGCUGAGCGAAGACGGGACUCGCACGUCUUCUCGUCGUGAGAUGGAAAUCAUUACGGAGAGCCCUCCUCUGUCACCACGGAUUCUCCUUUCGGAAGUACGAGUCGCUAUCAAGAGCAUGAAACCUGGCACAGCCCCCGGACCUGGUUUUAUAUCAGCAGACUUUCUUCGGGCUGGUGGCCAUCCGCUUCAUGUAAUCUUAGCAGCGCACAUGACAUCCUAUCUUCGGAAAGAAAGGAUCCCAGACCAGUGGAAGACCUCGCGAACCGUUCUUAUCCAUAAGAAAGAACAAGCUGGAUUCCGCCAGGGGUUCAGCUGCUUGGACCACAUCCAGACCGUGUCGAGGGUCAUAGAGGUUUGCCGUGAAUACCGCCUGCCCCUUGUUCUAACCUUCGUCGACUAUGAGAAAGCCUUUGACAGCGUAGAAACGAAUGCAAUACUGUCAGCGCUGGUCGACCAAGGUGUGGACGCGUCGUAUGUGAGGACCAUAGCCAAUUGCUACGGACGAUGCACGACUAGGAUACAGCUUUUCCACCGCCCUCUCACCAUACCCAUUGGAAAGGGGGUACGACAAGGCGAUACUAUAUCGCCGAAGCCUUAUGCAUUGCAAUGGAUAAUGAAAUCACUAUCCUGGGAAGAAAGGUGCAUACGUGUUGAUGGAAGAUUUCUUUCGAACCUUCGUUUCGCGAACGACAUCGUUCUCUUUUCGAGCAGUACCAAUGAAGCAGAAACGAUGCUCAACGAAUUGAACGAAGCAGGGAAGAGAAUAGGACUACGAAUAAACAGAAAGAAGACACAGUUCAUGAAGAACGCCCACUGCGAGGACGGAGGAGUACAACUUGAAGGCUCCCAAAUCGUGGAAACUCCGUCAUACGUAUACCUCGGACGUUCUAUGAACAUGGAAAACGACUUGAAGGAAGAACUGAAUAGAAGAAUGAGAGCAGCAUGGGCAGCAUUCGCAGCCGUCAGGGAAGCUACUGACCAACUGACGGACCAAGAUCUUCGUGCCCAUCGGUUCGACUCGACACUCCUUCCAUCGCUCUGUUACGCAGCGGAGACGUGGGCAGACACCGCGGCCACGUCUAGGAAGCUACUUACUAACCUCAGAGCUCUUGAGAGAUGUCUACUGAAGUUUAACCGGCGCACACAACGCCUUGCCAGUCUUCGUAGCUCUGACUUAAGAGGAAUGUUCCGUCUUCGCGACCCAGCGGACUAUAUAUCGAAAGCAAAACAUAGAUGGGCCGGUCACAUCAUGAGAAGAAUCGAUGAUAGAUGGACUAAAAGAACGCUAGAGUGGAUCCCAAGGGACGCUAAACGCCCCCGAGGGAGACCGCCAACGAGAUGGGGUGACGUGUUCGCUGCACGGAUGGACCAGCUAAGAGCUCAGCUGGAUACGGCUCAAGGACCUCGUCAACGUCACUCACGAAGCUUGAGAACAUCUUGGAUGACAAUGGCGAAGGAACGAAACGAGUGGAAGAGAUGCUGGGGCCCGCACGUCCAGUGA